AUGUCCUCAUUUCCCGCCUUCCUCAAGUCUCAGCUCCUCUACACGCCCAAGGUACCCCAGCCGGAGACCUUCACCGGCAAGACCGUCAUCGUGACAGGCGCCAACAGCGGGCUCGGCCUAGAAGCAACACGGCACUUUGUCCGCUGCGGCGCAACCACCGUCAUCAUCGCAUGCCGCACGCGCUCCAAGGGCGAGGCCGCUCAACGCGACAUCGAAGCCACGACGAAGCGCACCGGCGUGCUGCAAGUCUGGGAACUGGAUCUCUCUUCGUACGCUAGCGUGAAGGCAUUUGCGAAGAGAUGCGAGACGCUGCCUUGCAUUGAUAUCGUGUUGGAGAAUGCGGGUAUCGCUCAGGGCAAGUUCGAGAGAAUUGAAAGGCAUGAAGCGCACAUUACCGUCAAUGUCAUCUCCACCUUCAUGCUUGCGUUGCUGCUGCUCCCUGUUCUGCGAAGAACAGCGGAAAUACACAAGACAAAGCCGUAUCUCACCAUCGUCACAUCCGAGGUACACCACUGGACGCAGUUCCCGCAGAAGAAGGCAGACAGCAUCUUCGCCGAGCUGGACGACGAGAAGAAAGCCGACAUGGCAGACCGCUACAACGUCUCCAAGCUCAUGCAGAUUCUCCUCGUUCGGCACUUGACCCAAGUCAUUAUCAAGGACAAGAAGAAGGAACCCGUUGUCAUCAAUUGUGUUACGCCUGGUCUUUGCAAGUCAGAUCUGGUCAAGGAUAUGGGCAUGGCGCCUGUGGUGUUCAAGAAGGUUUUGGGACGCCAGGUCGAGGUGGGCAGCCGGUUGUUAGUGAAUGCGACUGCGCUGCCGAAUAGUCAGGGCGAGUAUAUCCUGGACGAUCAUGUGGAGGAACCGUCGCCGCUGGCGAGGAGCCAGGAAGGUGCGGAGCUGGGAAAGAGGGUUUGGGAUGAGUUGGCUGGGAUAUUGGAGAAGGCGAGUCCUGGUAUUACUCAGAACUUGUGA